UUGGCUUUAUUCGUGAAUUAUCAAUUGAUCAAUUUCGCGCAGCCAAAGUUGUUUGUGCAUCGAAGACUGAAAAGCAUAAGUCAUUAUUGAUUUUCUAACAUCUUUUGGGGGAAAUGCGAGAAAAUGCUUUUCAAAUUCUGUAUAUUAGUUCAUUUUAUUACUGAAAUUACCUUCUACCAUGAUCAUUUUGUGGUUGCUUUUCGCAAAUUUCUUAUGAAAAAAAGAAACUAAAAACACGUCUGUUCGUUAAACCUGAGCUUUUAAAAAAGUGAUCUAAUGGAGCAAGGUGAUGACAAUCAUUUAUGUUUGCGAUGUGGUCAAACAAUCAUAGGCCUCAAUAAUUACGUUUCACAUCGGCAACAAGGAUGCUUUAAGAUCAAUCAACCAGUAUCAUCUCCUCUUCUGUCUCAGGGCUCAGAUAUUUUAACAUCUGUUGAUUCAAGUGUUAAAGAAUUGCAAGAACCUUCCUUUACUACAUCAGAAAUUUACAAACUCUCUGCUGAUGAUUUCUUCCUUUCCUUAAAUUUACAAAGCAUUGCUAACACAGGAAGUACAAAUCAAAGAGCAUUAAGCAAUGUUAGUGAUAAUUUUUGUUCCAAACUUGGUUUUACCUCUUUAGAUAAUGAUUUAGAUGCUACAUUUACGUAUGAUAAGGAGAUUUUACCUGAAACAAUAAUUUCCGAUACCUCUUGUAUGAAUAUAGAUAGAUUGUUAUUAUCAUCUGAUAAGUUAGAAUCUGUAUUUAAAACUUCAAAUAAUGCAUUUUCAAUCGACGAGAAUGUAUUAUGUGACAUCAAUGAUGUAUCUAACUCUAAAUCUAACUGUGAAAUUGGUAUUAUUCCAUCCAGCACUUUGACAUGUGGGACAGAUAAUAGCUCUGAAACCGAUAAACAAGCUGCAACUCCUUCCUCAGCCAUUGUUUUGUCUUUCAAACAGCGAGUUUCAGAGCGCCAAGCUAAUUCUACGAGUUCUAAUAUUGAAUGUUGUACUCCUGAUAAAAAUCAAUUGGUUUGUUCUUUAUGUAAUUUCAAAUCUGAUUUUAUAUCAACUUUUUUGAACCAUUUACUUUUGUGUGAGUAUAAAGAAUCGAAUGAAGAGAAGUGGUUAAAAGAAGUUUUUAGAAAUGAACUUCAUUUCAUUAAAAAUGUUUUAUUUACAUGCAACCUAUGUUCUUUUUAUUCAAAUGAUAGAAUUGCUUUUCUUGAACAUUUAAAAAAUAAAAUCCACUGUCAAAAAGGGGCAAAACUUAAAAAUCCCUUAAUAUGUUUACCUUGUAGAGAUGAGUUUUCUUCUAGUGAUGAUAUGAUAAAUCAUUUUUCUAAAAAUCAUCUAUCUUCAGAAGAGUUUAUACAUCCAAUAAUAGUGAUGGAAAAGAAAAGAAAUAUUCAUUGUUGCCACUGUCUUGCUCUAGUCAAAGCUUGCAUCCUCUCAGCUUCAAACAACAAUAACAAUUCGAUCAAUAAUACUGACUUAGUCAUGUCUACUAAAUUGGGGGUAGUUAUCCACUGUGCUUACGGUAUUAAACGAGGCUUAUUAAAUUCGCAUUUUAAACUGUUUAAAUCUCUGUGUAGACAAAAGAAACUAACGAAAAGUGUUGAUAACUUGUUCAUAAACUGUUCUGAUAAAACUAUAGAAAAUCAAGAAAUUGUUUCAGUAGAUUCCGUGAAGAAUGGUUUUCUUAAGAAAUUUAGUUAUUUAAACACAAAGAAGAAAUCUGUAAAUGCAAAAAAAUUUAAGCCAAAAGUAAAAGUGCAUUUCUGUUUUAAGUGUGAAACAGAAUAUAAAAAUACAGUUUUGUUUAAAAAUCAUUUGAAACUUCAUAAGAAAAAUGACUCAGUUAAAGCUAGUGACACAGAAAAAACAUAUUUGUGUGAAACUUGUGGUUAUGUGUGCAAAACAUUUCAUGGUAUGACUAAACACAAAAGAUAUCAUACUGGUGAAAAACCAUUCAACUGCCCUUACUGUGAUCUUUCAUUUGCUGUGAGUAAUUCCUUGCUAAGGCAUAAAAGAACUCAUACAGGUUUGAAACCUUAUAGUUGUCCGUAUUGUUCAUAUGUGUGCAACAAUCAAGAAAAUUUGCGAAAACAUAUUUUGAAAACGAAGAAACAUGCUGGAAGGAAGAUGUAUCCCUGCAAAACUUGUAAUUUUGAGUGCAAUGAAUUUUCUGAUUAUCAAACUCAUAUGUUAAAGGAUCAUUCUCAGGUUUGUUCUGACUUCAAAAAUAUCCAUUUAAGUACAGAAUCAAAAUUAAAUCAGGUUUCCUAGACUAUUUACAAUCAAAGUUCCUUGCAUUUUUGCCUGUCAUAUGAAUUUUUCUUUAUUGGUUUGUUAAAUGUAAUUAUGUAAAAUUUAUUAUUAUUGCUGACUUUAUGAUUUUUAAGAUAUGUAUUUUUCAUUUCAUUUAAGUAUUUGGAAUGAUAUUUUCAUUUUAAUCUAAUUAAUCUUUUUUUAGAAAAAAAAACUUUUAAUUACCUACUUUGAGGAAAGAAAUGUGAAUUCAUGUUUAAUUUAAAUUUAUCAUUUUACACCGGGACAAAAGUAGUGUAGCAACCCCCCCCCUUGUUGCAACAAUCAAACACACUGAAGUCUUAAAAAAGAUAAAAAGUUUUCAUUGAAUCAUCCAACUUUCUACCCUAACGCCAGAAAUUGCUUGUUUUAGUAUUGUUUUGUGCAUGGUCAUUCCUGACUCUUAAUCAUUUUUUAGCAUGAAAAGUUUGAAUUCAGAUAGAAAUGUUACUGUUGUGACUUCUAGUCAGUGCCGGAUUAAGUGUGCGCGGAGCCCUAGGCUAUUAAAAUUUUUGGGGCCAUUAGAUUAAAUUUUUUUUCUCGUAUAUUUUGUAUUUAUUCAAAUAUAAAAGUAUUUAUAUAUCUUUUCAUUUAAGAAAGCAUACUUAAAAUUAACAUAAAUAAUAAUAAGUUAAAUUUUACUUUAUUUUGUUAAAUUAGGACUAAAAAAUAAUCAUAAUAAUCAUAAAAAAUAAUCAUAAGAAUUUUAAGGAGUAUUCAUUCACCCCUAAUCAUUGGGGGCCUCAGGCCAUAGCCUAGUCUGACCUAAUGGGCAAUCCAGCACUGCUUCUAGUGGAUAAGGAAAGCAAUUUCUAGAAAGUAAGUGGUCUGGGUAGUCUCCAUUCUUAAAGGACGGGGUUAUAUUGAAAUCUGAAAAAUAGCCUUUCUUAUAUAAUAGAAAAGAUAUUUGUACAAAAUCAACAGAGAGUUAGAAAAGAUGGGAGAAAUGGUGAAAGAUGAUAAAUAAGAAUUUUUUCAGUG